AUGAUUCCUUUCGAUUUUUCGUUCAUUGUAGUGCCUCCCCCAAUUCGAGCUAAUGCCAGAUGGGCACAAAAUGGAGUGACCGUUGCCGGAGGUCAUGCGAGAGGUGGUGCGAACAAUCAACUCAACGAUCCUUGGGGUCUCUUUGUUGAUGAUGAUCAAACUGUGAUCGUCGCUGAUCACGCUAACAAUCGUAUCAUCCAAUGGAAGGUUGGUGAUACUAGUGGGCAAGUAAUAGCUGGUGGCAAUGGGAGAGGAAAUCGAUUAGAUCAAUUGAACUCGCCAAUGGAUGUGCUAAUCGACAAAGAGACUGAUAGUCUCAUCAUCUGUGAUUGGGGAAAUCGACGAGUUGUACGAUGGUCUCGUCGUAAUGGCACAACUGAAGGAGAAAUUCUUGUCGACGGCGUCACGUGUGUUGGACUGGCUAUGGAUAAUCAGAGAUAUCUCUACGUUCCUGACCACAUGAAACAUGAAGUAAGAAGAUAUCAAACAGGAGAUAAGAACGGAUCUAUCGUGGCUGGUGGUAAUGGCUAUGGUAUUGAUCUCAAUCAACUCAACAGACCGAGCUAUCUCUUUGUCGAUCAUGAACAGACAGUUUACGUGUCAG